ACUAGCACCAUGGAUAGCUCCGGGAUGCUCCGCGGGCUGCUGCUCGUCGGCCUGCUGUCCGUCCUGUGCCACGGCCAGGCAUCACGGGAAGUCUCCGCAGAAGACUUUGGAGAGGAGAAACAAGAAGCAGCUGUAGACAGAGACCUGCUAGAGGCACUGGACGUGCUCCUGGGCAGAAAUCAUAAUCAAGUCUCCUCCCCUGAGAAAAGAGGAAGCAUCCCACUGUGUGGGUUGGGGAACCGGUGUGCCAUGAAGUACGGGCCUCGCAUCGGGAAGCUCUGCGACUGUGGAAGAGGAGCCAACUGCAACUCCUACCUCCUCAAGUGCAUCUAAACCGCCCAGGGCUUUCCUUUAGUUUGUCACCUCUGCAGGGCCAAACGCAUCCUUCAGCUCAGCUCCCAUAAACCAACCCAAC